AUGAAUUUUCCUGAAUCAUUAUUGAGUUCAUUAUCCAUAAAGUCUGAUACUAAUGAAUCAUCUAUACCCUUAUUACCAACGCAAACAUCAGCGAAUUCUAAUGUCGGUAGUAUACAUGAUAAACCUAUUACUGAUUUAGCUUUAAAAACACCGAUUAGUUUCCUGCAAGAAAUAUGCUUUCGUAUUCAUGCAACACCAACCUACAGUCUAUGUCCAAGUGAAGCACAAUGUACAUCGAAUGAGCCAGCAUUUCUCUAUCGAGUUGUUGUCGAUGAUAUGAUUGCUUUUGGCAAAGGUUCAAGUAAAAAACGUGCUAAACAUAAAGCUGCUUGGUGUAUGGUUGAACAAUGUUAUGCUAAAUUGAUAUUAGUCGAGAGUCCAUUAGUUAAAACUAUUGAAGAAUAUUUUACGAUAAAACCAUUACAAACUUGUAGUACAAGCGAGGAUACAACGAAUACAGGUGAAAAAAGUAACCCAAUAGGUAAACUUCAAGAAUUAACACAAAAAAAUUGGAUACGACCACCGGAAUAUGAAUUUUUUGAUCAAGAAAAUACUUCUGUACCCAAUUCUAAAACAUAUUCAUGUCUAGCUAAAGUUGCUACUUAUACUGCCGAAGGUAGUGGUCUUUCAAAAAAGAUAGCCAAACGUCUAGCAGCAACAAAUCUACUUAAUAUAUUAGAAAAUCUUGGGCCGGAUGAAAAGAAAGCUUUACUUAAUCGUACUGAAGAACAGAAUGAGCUGGAAUAUUCACAAUCACAUUCGAAAUUUCGACGAUCACGACGUAAAGUCAACGAUUCAAAUUUACUAGACACCAAUGGUACACGUGGUGCAGGAGUAGCAACACGAUCCAAUCGUUUAUAUGAUAAAAAUUCAUUUCAUAUAAUGAAAAAUAGUGAUUUACCUAACAUAAAAAAAUUACUGUCGGAUGAUCAUAGUUCAGAACUAUCACAAUCAUAUGAACUAUUUCAAUGUCUUGCACAAGAACAAAAUUUUGCAUAUGAAUUUAUUCAAUUGCCAACAAAUAGUGAAGGUUCUAUCGAAUUACUACUUGAAGUUCGUCUUAUGCCUGUUUCUGUCUUCCAUGGCUGUGGUGAAACAUUUGAUAUAGCGCGACAACAGGCUACAAAUUUUGCAUUAAAAUAUAUUCGAAGUCUUUCAAAACAAUAUCAACAGCAACAAAAUUCAUCAUCUCAAAGUGCGACUACAGCAUCAACACAAUCGAUUGCAUAG